ACUAAAAAUAAAUAAAUUUCCCAUCAUAAUAUUUCUCAUUCAUUUUUCAUUUCCAUACCCUCAAACAACAACAAAAAAACAAAAACAAAAAAUGAGAGAAAUCUUACACAUUCAAGGAGGCCAAUGUGGUAACCAAAUAGGUUCAAAAUUCUGGGAAGUAAUAUGUGACGAACAUGGCAUAGACCCUACAGGUCGUUACAAUGCUAGUAAUGCAGAUGCAUCUGAUCUACAACUAGAACGUAUUAACGUGUAUUAUAAUGAAGCAACUGCUGGUCGUUACGUACCUAGAGCUGUACUUAUGGAUCUUGAACCUGGUACUAUGGAUAGUAUUAGAUCUGGUCCUUAUGGACAGAUUUUUAGACCUGAUAAUUUCGUGUUUGGACAGUCUGGUGCUGGGAAUAAUUGGGCUAAAGGACAUUAUACUGAAGGUGCUGAGUUGAUUGAUUCUGUUCUUGAUGUUGUGAGGAAAGAAGCUGAGAAUUGUGAUUGCAUGCAAGGAUUCCAGGUUUGUCACUCACUUGGAGGAGGGACUGGUUCAGGCAUGGGAACACUCUUGAUUUCAAAGAUAAGGGAAGAGUAUCCUGAUAGAAUGAUGCUCACAUUCUCUGUUUUCCCAUCUCCAAAAGUUUCAGACACUGUUGUUGAACCAUACAAUGCUACACUCUCUGUGCACCAAUUAGUUGAGAAUGCUGAUGAAUGUAUGGUCCUUGACAAUGAAGCCCUCUAUGAUAUCUGUUUCAGGACUCUGAAACUCACUAAUCCUAGCUUUGGUGAUCUGAACCAUUUGAUUUCUGCAACAAUGAGUGGUGUUACAUGUUGUCUGAGAUUUCCGGGCCAGCUGAACUCAGACUUGAGAAAACUGGCAGUGAAUUUAAUUCCGUUCCCACGUCUACAUUUCUUCAUGGUGGGAUUUGCACCACUGACAUCUCGUGGAUCGCAGCAAUAUAGUUCCCUCACAGUGCCAGAGCUUACACAACAAAUGUGGGAUGCCAAGAAUAUGAUGUGUGCAGCUGACCCUCGCCACGGGCGUUACUUAACAGCCUCUGCAAUGUUCAGGGGAAAAAUGAGCACAAAAGAAGUAGAUGAACAAAUGAUCAAUGUCCAGAACAAGAACUCGUCCUACUUUGUCGAGUGGAUCCCUAACAAUGUGAAGUCUAGUGUGUGUGAUAUUCCACCAACUGGACUGAAAAUGGCAUCAACUUUCAUUGGAAAUUCGACGUCUAUUCAAGAAAUGUUUAGGAGAGUGAGUGAGCAGUUCACAGCCAUGUUUAGGCGAAAGGCGUUUUUGCAUUGGUAUACUGGAGAGGGAAUGGAUGAAAUGGAGUUUACUGAAGCUGAAAGCAAUAUGAAUGAUUUGGUUGCAGAAUAUCAGCAAUAUCAAGAUGCUACUGCUGAUGAUGAGGAAGAAUAUGAUGAGGGUGUUGAGGAGCAUUAUGAAGGUUAAUGGCUUUGAAAGUUCAAUAUUACUAGUACUUCUUUGUUUAU